AUAAUCAACGACAGUCAAUUUGACGAAUUGUGUAGCCAAUAUGUUUGGUUAGCGGUUCAUUUACACAGAAUUUGAGUUAAUAUAUUAAGAAGUGAAUUCUUUGUAAAAAUGAUGGAAUCUGUUUCUUUAGAUCGAAACUGUUUUAUUUCAAAAUAAAUAUAUUUCAAUACAAAUUGAAUUUUCAAAGAUAUUUUAUUACGAUAACUUCGAAACAAACUUUUAAAAAUCAUUACAGCCAUGUCCUCACUCCUGACCUGGGAGCUCUCCGUAACAUGAAGUUACCGAAGUAAAUCGGAAGAGAACGUUUCAUCACAACAGAAUUGUGUUCCUUCCCACUCUUUGCAAUAGAUUUAUCACAUUAAGUGUUUCGUGACCUCGCCAACAUAACACUAUCGAAUAUUUACGGUCAGACUAUAAAAUGUUUGAUGGAAUAAGCACGGUUGUACUUUUGGUUUAUGUUAUACUUCUAUUGUUGGCGUUAAUUGUUCUCACACUUGUAGUGCUGCUGGUUCACUCGGGACUUUUCAGGUCUGUAGACGAUGUUGGAACUGGGCAACCUCCAAUAGGACAGGUCAUAAUAGCUUAUAGAUUUCAGAAAGGCCCAUACAAUCAAGCGGGUCAAGUAUUUACAGAGGCUGCUUUAAUUGCACCACAUAAUAAAGCCUUAGGUAUCUACUAUGAUGACCCAAACAAGGUAUGUUCAAUAAAUAAAUUAUAAUGGACUUGAUGCCUAAUACUAAUAUUAAUAUUUAUAAAUUAUAGUUAUAGCAUAUUAUAAUUAUAGUAUAGCCUUCUACCUUAAACUGUGCAUCAAGCCAUGUCAGAUCCACGCUCCAUCCAUGAGUGUAGGGAAAGGGAACGAGAGGCAUAUAUUUUUGGGGCUGCAUUUUCUUCCACUUUAUAUACUUUUAAAUAGUUACUUAAAAAUAUUUCUUUAUUUUUUGUAAGCUCUACUCUACUUUAGUCUUUACUCAUUUCACAUUUUAUUUCUCUUCGAUUAGUGAGUAGCCUAGUCUUUACAAAUUAAUUAAAUAAUAAUACAUUUACUAAUGACUAAUGGUUUAUUAUUAUUUUUUUUUAAAUCCGGUUUUUGUUUAAUAUGGUACCUUCACUUAUAACUAAUAUCCUUUUUAGAGGGCUUUGUUAUAUCACUACUUUUGUUACUUUUGCAUUUAUGUUAUUUUUUGUUAUGAAUAGGAAUGUUGUCUGUGUCAAUGUAGAAGUUAAAAAUUGGAUUAUGUUAUACCGAUAGCAUGAUAUUUUCCUCUGUGUUUCUGACAUCGUCAAGCAAAACAAUGUGGUGAAAUUGAUGAUUUGUACCAUUCUAAAGAACAAAGAGGCAAUAAAGGUGACUGGUGUAACAAAAGGAGUGACCCAUUUACCGAAGCAAAGGUCUAAAGUGCUAGAAAAAGUAGAAAAAAACUGUUGUUAGUUUGUUCUUUGAUAAAUGGAAGCAGCUGGCUGUAGUCUGUCGUUAGAGAGAAAAUAUUUUGUGAAAAGGCUGGGCAGUUUCACAGUGAUUUGUUGGCUUAAAAACAGAAUACGAUUGCUGAACCUGACGACUUAAACUUAAAGGUGAGAAGAGAGUGUUUGAAUAAAUUUUGGAAAAGAAGUUGAGUUCAUAGUGUUAUAAGAUAUGAAGAGGCUGCUAGUUCAGAUACAUUUUAAUUAUGGAACAUGACUAAAAAUUGUAAAAAUGCAAUAUUUCUGAGACAGGAAGAGAUUAAUUGAAUUUACAUUGAUUUAAACCAAAUCCACAAUUUUACAUAGCUGCCAUGUCUUUUUCCUGUUUGGUUUCUACAUUUUACUUCAAAUCACUUUCCAUUCUUCUUUACUUUGUGUUAUAUACAAAUGCGCACUAUUUUUACUCUCAUUUAAUCUUUUCCUGGUGAACAGCCUGCAUUAUUAUUGGGCAUGUCUUGCUCCCUUUGAUCUCGUUUACCACAAACCAAUCUAUCAUCUGUUUCUUUACUCGAAUGGGGUAGAACCCGAUAGAACGUUUGAGUCACUAUUACAAUGCAUAUUCUGACAUCAAAUCUUCUAUGGCAUAGACUAUAAAUACAGGCUAGUGGCACGCAUACCCGAGAGAGAGACGCAGAUAGCGAGAGAGAGUUAUUUUAGAACGUGUGAGGGCUUUGUUUACAUCAGACUUCUUUUCACUAUUUUUCCCUUUUUUUUUUUUUUUUUUUUUCACAUUUUUUUUUUUUUGACGAUGUAGAAGCCACACAAUUAACUGUAAGUUAAUAGUUUUUAAUUUUUUUUUUUUUUUUUUUUUUUGUUUUUUUUUUUUAUUUGGUUUUUUUUUUUUUUUUUUUUUUUUUUUUUUUUUUUUUUUUUUGCACAUUGUGUUUUAUUCGACGAUGUAGAAGCCACACAAUUAACUGUAAGUUAAUAGUUUUUAAUUUUUUUUUUUUUUUGACUUUUGUACUUUAUUAUUAACUUAACAAAACUUAUUAAUUGUAAUUAGCCCUGUUUCGAGUAUCAUUCUUUGUUAUUGUUUUUAUCAUUUGGUAUCGUCUUUUGUUAAGCACUGUUUUGGAACAAGCCAUACAUUUAAUAUUUCUCCCUAUUGACAACAGUGCGUAACACUUUGUUUCUGUCUGGUUUUUGCGCCCACUCCUAUUUUUUCUCUUUUUUUUAGGUAGGAUAUAUGUAUAUUAUAUACUAUAUAUAUAUAUUGUGUAAAUUUAAUUUAUACUUAUUUAAAUAUGUUGUUGAUACUUGUUGUUAUACUGAUAAAGGCAUGUGCCGAAAUGUUAACUUGUGUAUAUUAUGUAAAAUUAUUAUCAAAGCUUAACAUAUACUGUAAUGUUAUAUUGACACAAAUUAUUCAUGUCUAAUUAAUCUAUUAAAUUUAAGAGCAGAUUCACAUAACAGAUUCAGUUCGUUAACCAAUGUUCCACUUAUAGGAUUAUGGCAAGAGGAUUUAUGGAGCUCAAAUUAAGCAUUUAAAUACUAUAACUAAUUAUAGACCUGAUUAAAAUUAAUAGAAAGAAAAAAAAAAUGAAGCUCCUCAGGAGUGAGGAUGUUAAAAGGGAAUUGGAUUUUAGGCUAUUGGUUUAAAAUAACUGGUUGUUAAUUUUACAAGACAAUAAUCAAAUUUAAUUAAAAAAUGUUAAUAAUAAAUGUACAGUAUAAUGUAAACCUAUGAAGUAGGCACUGGGUUUUCGUGUCUUACCGUACUGCAUGCUGGUACUAAACUGUGGUAUAAGAAUUGAACAGUUGCUUUGUAAGUUCUACAAAUCAGUUCACUUUCAGCUGCCACGCAUGAUAUUAUAAAAUAUAAUGUCUCACCUUGCUGUGGGGAGCAGUUGGGAAUGGAUUGAGUGGUAAAACUGACAACCGAUCCAAAACCAUAUCUAAAAACCAAUAAAUGAUUUUCCACAAAUUAAUUUUGAAAAAAUUUGGUAUUAAUAUUCCUACACUCAGAGAAGAGACAGGGUGUGAAGUAUCCUAACUGUCCUAUGCUCAAUGUGAAAAAUUAAGGCUUUUUCUCCAUUUCUGACUUGGGUGGCCACUAUCCCCCACCAAAUUCCUCCCAAAGGUUCUUUCUGUAUGGUUAUAUAAAAUAAUUCAUUUGUAGUUAAUGUUAAACUUAUUCAGUGAGAGUGAUGUGCCCUAACAAGAGUUGUCUCUUCCUAAGUUCAAUGACAUUUACAGGGGUGAAUGAUGUGUAUGUCUUUGUUGCCCUCUCACCUUCUUGGUGUUGAGUUAUCUAUGUCAAAAACUGGAUGACAGCAGGGUUAAGUUGUUUAUUUAUAUCAGUGGCUCUCAAACUUUUUUCUGUCAAUCUAUCAAGCUGAAACUUAUGGAGGAUUUAUACGAAAACUUUGAUCAAAGGGGUUGCUUAAUUGGCAACACAUUGCCAUCUACAGGUUUAAAAAUUUAUUAUAUAUUAUUUUUACAAACUAACAUUUAUAACAAUAAAUAAGGGUAAUUAUUUAAUUUCUUAUUUCCAUGUCCAAUGAAUGUAUAGACAGGUAUGUAGGGGGCUCCUUUUUAAAAAGCAUCCAUGGCUUUAGUACAGUAUGCCAUAGACCUUUGUAUUUUUUGAGUGAUGUCUAUUCACUACCCUUGUACUGAUUGACUGGCGUCUAUUCAUGACCCUUGGACUGAUUGACUGGCGUCUAUUCAUGACCCUUGGACUGAUUGACUGGUGUCUAUUCAUGACCCUUGCACUGAUUGACUGGUGUCUAGUCAUGACUUUUUUCCAAGGCUGUUGGUGAUGUGAUAUCUUUUUGUCAAAGUUAAUAUCUUUUUAAUUUCAUAAAAGUUUUUCCGAGAUAAUCCACCACCGCCCUUUAGGAAGUCCUAAUGCCCCCCUAAACCUACUAGGCAUCAGGAGAGGGUACCACCCAAUUUGAGUGGCAUAAAAAUGGCUUUUUUUUGUUUCUAAUUAAUAUUAAAGAAGUACAAAGGCAGUUAAUAUAAAUGUGAUUUAAGUUUUAAGUGUGCUCCUCUAAAGUUUUAGGUAUAAAAUAAAGGUGUAUGGGUUGAAAUUAUCAAAUUAUUAAACAAUACAAUGAAAUAAAACUUCAAAACUAUGCAAUGUAAUCAAACUUUAAUAAGUUAAGCAAAAAUAAUGAAUUAUCUUUUAUUUCCAGCUAAGAGAUGUAAUCUGUUUGCAAUUAUCUAGCAUUAUUUUAUAUACAAUUUUAAUUUUAAAGUUAAGUUUUGUAAAAUAAAUUUAAAAGAGGUGUUAGUCAACAGUUUUUUUCCCCAUAUAUUUACCAAGUUCACAUUGAUAAGUAAGUUUAAGAAAGUCUAUUAAAUAUUUUGUACACUGCACAUUGUGUUGUUCCUGACCCUUGCCUGAAUAAUAUAAAUAUAAGACAAAGUUGUCAUUGCCUAUUUGUUCAAAAAUGUUGUGAGUUGGAUUUUAUGAAAUUCUCAAUGAUAUAACCUGUUCUUAAUAUCAAUAAUAAGUUUAUUUAUAUCAUUUAUUUUUUUGUAUUUGUUCAAACAUUCAAUAUAUAUAGGAACUGCUAAAUAUUGGGACAUAUAAUUUUUUUUAGCAUGAAAUUUCAGAUGCAUUGUUACCUUUUAUCAGUUUUUCAUAUUCACUAAACAUUCAGAUCUGCUUAAGUUAAGGGUCAUCAAUAACUUAAAUAUUGACAGCUGAUGACCUCUUUAAUCUACACAUAUAAUUUUCCUGAAACUCAUUUAAAGUAAAUGGAAUGUGUUUUUAAAUUGAUUUAAAUUAAGUUAUUAAAAACUUCCAAGUUUUGCAACUCAAGGGGGAAAAAUGAGUGAAGAAAUCUCAUUGAUCAUUGGAGAGCAAAAUACAAUUAAAAUUAAUUACUACAAAAUUGUCUCAGUUCUAAGGGAACAUACUUUUUACUGUGAGAUCCCAGUCCUGUUACUAUCAAAUUGUCAUCUCAAUCCUGUUUCUAUCAAGUUGUCAUCCCAUUCCUGUUUCUAUCAAGUUGUCAUCCCAUUCCUGUUUCUAUCAAGUUGUCGCUUGUACAUACAAUUUCUAAAACCUUGUAACCUAAAACAUUCAUAAUAAGCUGCAGCAAUUAUCUUGGAAACAUUCAGUUGAUUAUGGUUUGGCAUUCUAAUGUAAUCAUGAAAAUAGUUUGGUUUUAGAGUGUGUUGUUUACUUGCAUUACAUAAGAUUCUUUUAUUUCACCAAAACACAAUUUGUUGUACUUUGAUUAUACAUGUUCAUUCCAGCAUAUUUUGUGCAAACACAAUUCAAACAUUCUCAAUUAACUUGACAAUGUUAAUAAAAAAAAAUCAAAAAUUAAAAUCAGACUUACAAAUUUCAAUCAGCUAGUCUUUCUCAUACACUUACUUACUUAAGACCUGUUAAGUGAUUGUCUAAAAGAUGGAUAAGCAUGUUGGUGCUCAAUUCUAACAGAGUACAUUGAAGAGCAAAUGAGUUGGGGAGGUCUUAUCAUCAAUAUUAUUAUGACUCCUUCAAUACCAUUUGUUUAUUCUAAUUGAGACUUUCACUGGUUUAAUCCGUCAGAGGUUUAGAAGUUUGUCUUUAAAUACCCGUUCUUUUGCGGUUUAAAACACUUUUAAAUAUUGCAUUCACAUAAAAACUAUACACUUUUACUUUCAUUUCAGUUCACAUGAGAUAUUGCAUAUCUAAGUACCUUUUACUUUUAAUAUCUCUUCAGUUCACAUAACAUAUUGCAUAUCUUAAGUACCGUAUUAUAUGACCUACUAAGUUCUGGUCCAACAACAACAUCUUGGUUGAUGUUUCUUGCAAAAAUCUCUGCUUGCUUUCAGGUCCUUGUCCCCAUGCAGUUAAGGGUGUUGGAGUUGGCUGCGGUGCAUAUAUUAAGGUCCUUGUCCCUAUGCAGUUUAGGGUGUCGGAGUUGGCUGCGGUGCAUAUAUUAAGGUCCUUGUCCCUAUGCAGUUAAGGGUGUUGGAGUUGGCUGCAGUGCAUAUCUUAUCAUUUGCAGGUUUCAGCUUUAUUGAGAAGACUGCGAAACAAGAGGGUUGGGGGGAGCUUUGUUGAUCAUCUUUGGGGGUCACCUUCAUAGAAAGUUUUAAUUUUCUUGACUUGACUGACUCCUAAUGGUGCAGAGAUUUUAAUUAGUGUUCCAAGUAAUGGUCUUGUUUUUUCCUUUUCCUGGCUUUUCCUAUCGAAAAUGAUGUUGAUAUAAAUAUCUGUGUAUUUGAAUGAUCGCACUGACAUGGUUCAAAUAUCUCUUUGUGCAUUAAAUUAUGCCAAUUGCCCAUAGUCAUAGAUUAUUUUGUCAGUGGGUGUUACCUAAAUAAAAAAUGUUAAUCUCAUUAUUUCUCAGGUGGAAUCACACAAUCUACGCUAUGUGGUUGGCUCUAUCUUAUCUGAAGGGUCAGCACCAGUUGAUGAGGAAAUGGUGAAACAAUUUACUGAUAGAGAAUUUAAAAUUAUUCACCUACCUGAGGUAAACAGCUUGAAUUUACUUGUCAUACAUGAGAAUGAACCAAGCACUGUGUAACUUUAAAUUUUAAGUAAUUUCUGUUGUCAUUAAUAGAGAGUUGUCAUAUAUCGAGAUCAUUAAUAGAGAGUUGUCAUAUUUCAAGACAAAAUUUCACUGACCCAUAAUUUUUCUAAAUGAACACAAAAGAUUAUCUGGUUUAUUGGGGGGGGGGGACGACAGCGCUUGAUAUUUAGCAGAUAAAUUAUGAUAGUUAAAUUUUGUGUUUUGUCCCAUAUUUAAAUAAAAGUUCUAUUGUUCCAAGAACUGCCUGAAGUUGUUUUGGAUUUUUUUUCAGGUAUCCUAUGCAGUCCACACUAAAUUUCCACAUAUAACAACUCUGUCUAUCCUAAUUGGAGUUUACAAGGCCUAUCCUAUGCUAAAGGAUUAUAUUGAGGUAACUAUUUGAGGCUAAUGGUAGGUAAUUAUUUCACAAUUUUUUUAACACAUGGAGUCUUUUUAAAAAUUAAUUUAAAUUUUCCCCAUGUCUUUCAAAUUACUUGUGAUUUUUAUUUUUUUUUAUUUCCUGGGGGCCUCGGAGCCUCUGAGAAGUGAUCAGUUUGGGAACCACUGACUAAGACAAAAGGAAAAAAAAAUGUUAAAUAGAAUCUACAUGAACAAUUUGAAAAAAAUUUCCUUUCUUUUACAUUUUCAUAAUUUAUAAGACAUGUAAUGUUUAUUGCUUUUAUUAUGGCUGAAUUCAGUGGUUUAUUUAGGUGAGCACCAAAAAAAAAACAACUAAGGUUUCUCUUUGUGGCAGUUAAUCAGGGGCAAUUAUCUGUCUAAUUCAUAAGUCCAAAAAUGUUGUUGUAAUGUGAGCCAAAGGCAAACUAACUUAAGUGGACUGGUUGCCCAAAUUGAGGGGCAAUGGAGCCUAUUUCCCAUUGGGAAUUUAAAGUCAAGUAAGCUAUUAAGUUAAUUAAUGUUAGUUCCAUUUCCACAAAAUAUGGAGAAAUCUUUUUGACAACGUGCUAGUAGAAAUGCAUAGGUUCAAGCUUGUCAUAUGUAUGACAUGGCUAUAAGAAAUGCAUAGGUGUAAGGUGGUAUAACAUAACUAUAAGAAAUCAUAGGUGUAAGGUGGUAUGACAUAACUAUAAGGAAUGCAUAUGUGUAAGGUGGUAUGACUAUCUGUAAGAAAUGCAUAGGUGUAAGGUGGUAUGACAUAACUAUAAGAAAUACAUAGGCGUACCGUGGUAUGACAAAUCUAUUUAUUUAACAAGUUUUCUCAAUUAUGUAUCUAGUUUGAAAAGGAGAGACAAUUUUUAAAGACUGGGGGUCAAAAAAGCCCAUGAGAUUAACAGUAAGAAGUGGUGGUAUGGUGGUAAUUUUUAUAACAUAUUUACCUAACCGGUCAGUUAUUAUCUGAUUAUAUAGUUUACAUAAAUAUCAGGUGAACAUGUACGAUUUACCAAUACAUUGUACAGGUUUUUUACAGGUUAUUAGGAAUCUGUAAGGGUUUUCACUGGAUUUAGAAGUUUGCACACGAUAUAGACCAAACACAUAUGGAGUCAUAAAUGGCAGUGCGAUAAAUUCAUUGUUGAUUAACGGGAAGCUGAAAUCCUAUUGGUCCGUUCAAAAUUACCUUUGGCCCAAAGUCUGGGAUUGGUAGUCCAUCUAAAUUUGGAAACUGAGAUCAUUCGUCAAUAGUAUUACAGUGUUGUUCUGUAGUAACUACUUUAAAUAGUAAACAAUAAUUACAUAUAGCACCAAUGGUGCAAAAAAAUCUAAUUUUGUAAUUAUUAUUAUUUAAAAUCUUGUGAAUUUUAUCAACCCUGCUAUAUUAUAUGUUAUUUAUAACGACAAUAGGCAGGACAGACGUAAGUGAGAUAAAUGAUUUUGCAGAAUGAGAUUUAGAGUUUCAAUUGUCCGUUUGAGAAUAAAGGGUGUAAAUCCAAGUCAAUUUUUGAUAGGGGGAAGAGCUAUCAAACGUGCUAAUGCACAAACUGUUCUAAAAUAGCCUUAAAUUGAUAUUUUGACUAUAUUAACGUUGUAAAAUUCAUUCUUAACUCAAAGGCCAUAAUUUUGCUGACCUCUUCUCAAAUCCAUUAAAUUUUUUUUUUUUUACAAUGUCAAACUAUUUUAUGAAAAAGGUGAAAUUUUUUUUAAGAUGAAGGGUAGACUAUAUGUCCUAAUGAAUUGGAAUUUACGUCACUAUCAAAUUUUGGAUUUUUACAAAUUAAACUAGUCCUUAAAACAAAAAUUUUGUGUGCACAGUUAAAUUAUACUUCUUAAAAAAUAAUUAUCAUUUUGAAACAUUGGUAAAUAAAAGCCUAUUUUAUCAACCUAUCCCAUUAUUUUUACUGUUCACACCCCGAGAAGAAGGUUAUAAUGAGUUAAAUGAAUAUUUUUCAAGCUGAUUACGCAUCUAUUUUUAUGCUUAUUAAUUGUUUUCAUUAUUGUAUUUCCGAUUUUGUUGCUUUGACUAAUGCAAUUGUUUUGUUUUUUUUCUUGAAAAAUGACCAGGAGCGUAAGCUGUGUGCCUACCCAUUUAUAGAAUACUAUGACGGCAAUUUGAUUCACUUUUUUGCCCCUCUGUCGAAACAAGAUGAGUUUUAUGUCCCUGAAUGUGACCAAGAUGCCAGGGGAGACCAAGCAGCAGACUAUGAUUCAACGGUACUCAGUACCUCUCAGUCCAGUCUGGAGGACUCACAGCUCAGCCCAGACAUCACACAGACAUCUAUUGAAGAUGAGCCUGAAACUGAAAUAAAAGCAGACCUGUCACCCAUUGUGGAAAGGAUCGUACCUGUCGGCGGUGAUGAGAAUGAAAAUGGAAAUAACAGUGUGGAAAUCACUGAUGAACAGAACGUGACAAAAGAUGAUGAUCAGGAGUCAGAAGAUUCUACAUCUUCUUUUGAGCUUCUCAGACCUAAUGAAUAAAAAAAAUUAGGUGUUAAUUUUGUAACUCAAAUUAUUUCAUAAUGACUGAUGAUUCUUUGAAAAGAUUUUAAAAAAAUUAAUUUUGUAUUCAAACUUCAUCAGAUAACACUAAAUUAAUCUUGGACAUUUAUUUUUUAUCUUGCAUGGUCUUAAAAGGUUUUUUAAAACAAUGCUUAUUGACAUGAAAAAAAAAAAAAAUGUUAAAAUGAUCUUCUUAAAAGGACUUCACCCAAUGGAAAUAGAAGAAGCACUUGUUAAACUCUAACUGACAUAAGUCUACAUAUAAAUAAUGAAGGUAUUGUUCAUGAUGAACUCAGGCCUCAUUAUAUUAGACAUGUCAUUUUUUUAACUUGGAAAUAGUCCAUAACACACUAAGAUAUUCAAUGAACAUAAAAGCUUAAAGACAUAGCUUUUAAUUUAAGAGAACAAAGUCUUAAAAUGGUUUUCUAAAGAAGAUUUGUCUGAUUAGGUAAUUGUUUUGCUAUUAUAUUUUUCUCAUUGAUUUUAUACUAUCUCUUUACUUUAGUAAAGUUUAAAUAAAGCGAAAUAUGAAAAUAAUAUGUUUUCUACAGCAAACAAUCAUUUUGUUUUGUUAAAUUUCCCUAGAAGCUGUUGAGUUUUUUUUAUGACUUAAUCUUUUGCUUCUCAAAAGUAUUAUUAACAAAACUAACUGUAAGCCCUUGUUAAUUAAUGUAAAAGUAAAAAUGUCAUGACCAUUCAACUUGAUUGGAUACCUCUUCUUUAGAUCUGAUGGAUUAUUAUAACCAGAUAUUAUAAACAAAUAGGAACUUGAUUUCAAAGCCUUGAGAAAGAUGGGAUGAAGUCUUUCUUUACUCAGUUACAAUGGCAACCGUUGUAGUACUCAAAUUAUUAUUAUUUUUUUGCAACUCUGGCUAAGUACCUUAUAUUUGAUCUUAUUUUCUCAAAGUUUGAGAGUUUAAAAGCUUGACCCCCCCCCCCUCCCCGUUUCCCUUUUAAACUUAUUAAAACCGGUGCCAGUAAAAUAAUAUUUUAACAAAUGUAAUGAUUUUUAAGAAAGGAAAAGUCAUAUUGAUAAUCCUCAUUUAAAACAUAUUUAAAAAUUCUUCUAUUAUUGUUGCCAUUUAUGAUGUGUAUGACAUAGACUUUUGACUUGGUCUUUCAUGGUUGUACUCUGUAUAUGAAUGUGUCAUUGAUUCAAGAUCUACUUAACGCUGUACUUGGUAACGGUAUAUGAAUGUAUCAAUGAUUCAUUAACUGCUUCUGCUUAAAGACUCUUUCUAAAGCAGCAGCCCUGUUACAACAAAAAUGAUGUUAAAUAUCAGAAUUACGAUCUAAAUCCAUAAGAAUAAAAUUGAUGAUAAAGUUAUUAAACACAACAGAGUCCAAUUUCUAAAGGUUCUUGAAAUGACGGAGAAUGGUUCUGUAAAAAAAAAUCCAGUUGUUGGUACCCAGCACCAAGAAGAACUUAUACAGUUUGAGUUUCUAAGAUACCUCAUUUUAAAAGUUGUGUAGUUACCAUUAAUCCAGACUUGGUGUAACUGUGCUUACUUCGAGAGCUAGUCUAAAUGUACAAACUCACAUAUUUUCUUAAUCGUCACUAGUUGUAGGUGUUUUUUUUUCUUCUGAUUUUAUUUUACCUGUAGUUCCCCAUUGAAAAGUUAAAUUCAAAGAGUUGUUGACUUAUUUUGUGCUUUGAAUUGACACUUCUAUUUUAAUUAAGAACAUAUUAUUGCCACUGACAUAGUUUGUUAACACAGACUUCAGUCACAUUCACUUUCUGUGGAAGAGUUUUUUACUGCCAGCCAUUCCAUUUCAACAGCUUCGCUCACCAUUGGUUUUAUUUCAUUAUUUAAUUUUGUUUGUCAAUUAACACUUCUGUCAUCGCAGCCAAAAUAACUUUGUUUUUUUUCUUAUAUUAAAUGUGAUGGACCAAGUGAUCAUUGACUACUGAGCAAAGCUGCAGCAUGUGUUCAGAAAUUCUCAUAUAUUCCCCUAAUUAAGAUACAAAUAAAUAAGUCACUUCUGUAAUGUAAUGUGUGUGUUACAAUAUUUAAUAUAUAGCAAUUUGGUGAAAUUCCAUCGCAAAAUAGAAUUCCUCUAUUCCUUGCCAUUUUCAUGUUUUUUAAUUAUGCUAUAGAAAAAAGUCCUGUUUAAAAUACAACCAGAAGGAAGACGCGGGGGGGGGGCAAUUUAACUUAGGGGCUUCUCGGUAGUGGUGUCACAGGCUUAACUGACCAAUCAUGAGGCAAAAAUGUCCAAUCCAUGUAUGUCUGUGUUUGUUACUUUGUGGUUUUGACAUAUCAAUAACUUAUCAAUAAUUAUUUUCUUCUGUAUACAAUUCCCUUUGGAUGGAAUUUUGGACAAGUUCAACUCCUAAGAACAGAGAUGUUCACCCGAAAUGUGGUUAAGAUAAAUAUGGCCGGUUUUAACCUGAACCAUCUCACAAAAUAUAUUUGUAUCAUUAUGGCUGGUUCUUAUCAUUUCACCAGUGUAUCGAGGCAACCUUCAGGGUACCGUGCUUUUCGUGUUUGUACAAACCUCUCCCUUUGUCCAAAAUAGCUUCAAAGGUCAAGGUCUCAACCUUAAGAUUUCUAUUUUAAUAAAUAACUUUUAGAAAUAUAAUUCAUUAAGAUAUAUCAAGGAUUCAGAAACGAUUUGUUUUAUAAUAAUUUGACAAGCUUUCAUUACAUAAGAUUUUUAUUUUUGACCAUUAAAUAAAAUUUACUUUUAAUGCCCUCUACAUCUCUGAGCCACAUAUAACUAUUACAUGUAGCUAUGACAUAUAACUAUCACUUAUAACUAUAAUUGUUGAUUUUAUGAAAUGCCUCUUGUUUUCCAGGAAGAGCACUUUUUAAAAAAAAUAUUUUUUUUUUAUAUUGAUUUAGUUAAAUUAAGCCUGGUGAGAAGAACAUCUAAAGAAUUUACUUAAUUCAAAUAAAUUUGAAGCAGAUAACAGGAAAGAUGCAAUCUUGCAUUAUUAUUUGAACUGCUAACUUAAAGUUGAAAAUAUACCAAAUCAAAAGCCUAUGCUUAGUGAAAGGGCAAGAGAAUUGUGUGAAAGAAAUUUGUUUUGAGAUUAAUGUGUAUAACACUGAUGUUUGUAAAGGCAGUGAGUGUGUGUAGCAUUGAGUGUGUGUAGCACUGGCCAUUUAGUGUGUAUGUGAGAUCACACAAGUUCUACCUUGCUAUGUUAAAUUCUUUUUUUUUUAUAUUUUGCUUUAAACAAGUUUAUUUGAAAUUCAUUUCAGUUUGUUCAGUUUGUUUUGAUAAUUUUUCAUCAAUUUAUUAUUAAUAUUUUUUUUUUUAAUAUCAAGGUAAGUCUUCACUGCCAUGUUUUGUG